AUGCCCCAACACCCACCGAGCAACCAUGCUCAGUCUCCUCACCAGCCGCUCCACCUCCCGCUCCCAGCGGCGCCCGGACUCCCGCCCCGCCCCCUGCACAUCCCGGGCCAGUCCUCAAAAGUCCAGUCCCUAAUCGCCUUCUUCAACCUCAAGUCGCAAGAGCCCGUCGUCGUCUCCUCGCGGCCCUACUUUGACCGCCACAAGAUCCCGCCCAACAAGGUGCGCUCCAUGGUGCAGAGCUGGCUGCGCGUUGCGUCCUCCGCCCCGUCGCUGGCCAGCGAGGGUAGCGUCGGCGUCGUUGUCGCACGCACGUCACACACCUCGCCCAUCACGCUGCGGGGCAUGAUGGAGUUCCCGCUGCAGGAGGUGGAUGGUAGGCUGCGUGGUGUCAAUGGCAAGGGGUGGAAGAAGUCGGGGUGGGGCGUGAGGGAGGAGGCGGAGGAGACGGAGGAGGCGGGUUAUGUAGUGACCCCAGAGAUUGAGAGUGGCAUGCCGUUGUCGCCGCCGGUGCCGAUGCCGGAGGUUGUGCAGCCGCUGACGGCGCCGAGGUUGAGGAGGUUGGAGAGCGAGAUUACGAGGUCGUCGUCGCUGAGGGUGGAGGUUUCUGCGUCGCCGAGUGGCAGUGAGAGGCCGAGGACGCCAGAGAGGGGGGAUAUGAGGAGGUUUAUUGAACCUGGGGAGAAGAGAUAUGUUGAGCCUGCAAAGAGAUAUAUUGAAUCAGAGGGAAGAAAUGAUCCCAGGGCGGCUUAUGCGGGGCACAUGUCGCCGGCUUCGAGGGCGCUGUCGGUGGUCUCGAAACGCUCCACGAGGAGCUCCUGGAAGGCUGGAUCCUCUGCCAUGACGGGUUCCUCUGCAUUGACGGGGUCUUCAGUUUCUGUUGCUGGAUCCCCCGCCAGGGCUGGAUCCUCUGCCUCAAAGCUGUCUGUCGAGCUGAAGCCUGAUCGUGAUCGUGAUAGCAGAAGCAAGUAUACCAAAUCCAUCCCCGCCACUCCAAGCCCAGGCCCACCAGCAGUGGGCUACAUCACGGCGCCCGACACCUUCGGCGCCUCCAAGAACCUCAUGGCCGCCGUGCAGACACACGUCACCCGGCUCUCCCUGAUGGAGCAGCCCGCCGCGGCCUCUGAAGAAAACCUUGUCCCCAGCGACGCCGAGCAGCACAACGGCGCAGCAGUCAAUAUCAAUAUCAGCAGAGCUUCCCACACACUUCCACCACCACCGCCGCUCUCACAGAGCAUCGACGAACCCAACACCCUCACCGCCGUCGGCGAGCUCUCCCGCUGGGACAAGAGCCCGCGCUCCGCCCGCCCGCGCGCAUACACAAAGCGCGCCACCACGGAGCGCCGCGCCAUCCCCGAGUCCUUCCGCCGCCGCCCGCACUCGCCCACCCGCACCCGCACCCACCCACGGAAAGAGAGCCCACUGAAACCAGUCUCCCCACUCCGCGUCAUCAAGGACAAGUCCGCACAGAGCACCAUCACCCCGUCCACCACCACCGCCUUCACCACCGCCACCGCCACCGCCGCCGCUCCGCGCAACGUGACAUUCACCACAACAAUCCCAAACCCGGACCCAUCUCGCCUCACCCGCGCAUCCAUGGACACGCUCACGUCGUUCGAGCUGCAGCCGCCGGCAUCACUCAGCUCGUCCAGCGACGUCCACGCCCGCGAACCCCCGCCGCAGCCGCUGGGGAAGAGGGCGCCGGCGCCGGCGAAUAUGCGCUUCGAGUCGCUCAGCUCCCUCGACACUCCGCCGCCGACGAACCCGCCGCAGCCGAUCCGCUCGCCGACGCUGAUCCGCGAGAUGGCGUUUCCGGCGCUGCGGAUGCGUGGGGAUGCGGGGCAGGAUACGACGCCUGCUGAGGAGGGCGAGGGGGGGAGGGAAAGGGGCAGGGGCAGGAGGAAGGGGUGGAAGGUGAAGCGCGGGAAGACGGCUGCUGCUACUACUGCGGCGGCGGCGGUGGCGAGAGCAAAAAAUUUGCCUAGAGAGAAGGAAGAUAAAGGGGAGAAAGCGGUGCCGCCGAAGAGGGUGAUAUAUGCGGAUACUGACUGGCGCACGGAUGCAGACGCUGACGCUGCCCAGGCGCUGAUUGAUCUGCAGGGUAUGCAGAUGCAGUUCAACGACGGGCAGGGGGGGAGCCCCGCCUCCGCCUCCGCCUCCGCCCCCGCUUCUGCUUCUGACGCGCAGCAAAGUAGUCCUCAGGAAAGCAGCCCCCAAGAAAGUGGGAGUGUGAGUAGUCAGGGACCAGUAGCAAGGAGGGAUAGCAUGAGCCUGAGCCUCAGCUACAUCAUGCCCGUACCUGACGAUGAGGAGGGCGGGUCAGUGGAGGCGUUCCGGGACCUGGAGAUGGGGCUGCCAGUGGCGGGUGCUGGUGAGCUUGAGCUGGGGCGGGAGUGGUAUGGGUAUGGGUAUGGGGGGUAUGGGGUGCGGCCGCUGGGGGUUGUGGCGGCGGUUGGGAGGGUUGUGACGGCUAUGGAGGAGGAGGAGGGGCCGGUGGCGAGGGGGAGGAGGAGGAAGAGGAGGGGGGUGGGGUCUUAG